CUAACCCUGACCACUCUUUCGGUAGCUUUGCAGCGAGCAGGGUACGGUUCAGUCCACCGUUGCAAUCUUCAGACAAGGUACCACUGAGCGAUCUCACAUUCCCAGAGAUGAUGACGCUGACGUUAACCCUUCUGCUGCUGCCGUUACUCAUGGCGGAGAGCGCUCUGGCCUGUACGCUGCCUGAACCAUCCACCGAGAACUUCAACAUCUCCACAGCGCACAAGACCUGGUACGAGCAGUACCGCUACCCCAUGCUUGCAAUGGACCUCCAGGGCUGUCUGACCAUCACGCAGGAUCCAGGCAAAAGUAACGACACGAUGAAACUUAAGGGUUACUUCAGCCACAAUUCUUUGUUUCCAGUGACAGCUAGUGCAACACUCAAAGGGAAUCAGUUGCAAACUUCAUACGAUGGCAUAUUUGGUUGGAUGAUCAGCGGACCCAGAAACAUCGUGUACAUUAACGACGACUUCUACAUUGAUCACUAUUGUAUGUUGGGAACAGAGGUGUCAACAAUUUUCACUGCAGACAAGUCUCCAAGCGACGAAGUAAUGAAACAGGUAUGGGAAGUCGUGGCCAACCAUACUGAAGUCGACAAGUCACGAUACUUGAGGAUCUUCUGCUAAUUAAUAAAGCAAAAAUUGUUAAAAGCUGUGCUCGUUUCUCAUUUCACCAAAAAGAGAUGAAUAUUUCUUGAAAUAAAUAUCUUCCUGUAGA